CCUCUCGUAGUGUCUCGCAGUCUCGCAGUGUCUUUGGAAACCAACACUACGCCGGCGUCGAUAAAUCGUCAUCCACUUGGUUCAGUUGGUUGUCGACGUGUAAUUGCUUCGAUCGAGCCGAAACAUGCAAAACGUAGUGUCUUACCGGUGCAGUAGCGACAGCGACGAGGAGCCAGUCACGAAGCAGCCACGACUCAGCCGCAGACACUCGCGGAGUUCUGGAAGGGAAUCCCCGGGUCAGUCGGCUCGCUCGACGCGCUCCGAACGCUCCGAACGCUCCGAACGCUCGAAACGCCAGAGAGCCACGAGAUCACGGUACUCGGAGGAUCCAGCCACAGUCAGAGCGGAUCUAUCCGACACAGAUGCGUCUUCGGAGAAUCGAUCCAUCGGCGAAGGAUCUUACUUCGAGGAUGAAUUAUGCCAGCUGUGCGCGAUAGACCCCAGGUCCGACGACGCGGAGAACUAUCGGGGAUCUAUUGAACGAUACGCGUCCAAUUUGGGCGAUCAGGGCGAGGAAGGUGACAUCGAGGAAGACGCCAUCAGCGAGGACGAGGAGGACGUCAUGCCACCAACACCCGAUACCGUACCGAUGACAAAUUCGACGGCAAUCGAGGAUAGUUGCGAUCAAAUCGACGGCAAUCCCGGAUCCGUGGAGCAAUCGAACGGCAGCCUUGCCGACAACGAACCAGUGAAACGUCGUAGAAAGACUGAGGAGAUCGCCUCUUUCAACACAUCCGACAGGAAGUCGAAGAACUGCGCGACCUUCUACUUCCGUCACUUGGACACCGACUCCGAGCAGAACGAGGAGUCCGCGAUCGUCGCGGAGGACUCGUCCGAGGAGGAGUGGACGUACACGGCGUCCGCGACCACGAUCACGGGCGACGUCUGGGAGCAUCGUGAAACGAACGUCCUGGUGCGGCUGGACUUCGGCGAGACACCGGGGUGCACCGGAAGCUGCGAGGAUAUCGCGGAAACGACCGUGAAGCCUGUCGAGGUGGUCGCGAUGGAGUGCGUCGACGAGACUUCAAACGAAACCGACACGUCCUCUCAGCGCGAGAAGGACAGCGACGACGAGACGCGAAACGACAAGAUGAGCAUCCAGAGGCUCAUUAAGGAGGUCGAGAAAUUGGUCGGGGACGAGAACCGGGCCGUCGUUACCAAGACGUUUCCCCCGCUGAUCUUCGACGACAAGGGUAUUGCGUCGAACAAUCAUCGCGUGAAAUACACCCGCAUCAAGGAGUGGCUGAAGGUGAACUCGGUCUGCAGCCACGAAGCUACCUUACAGCCGUUGGAUAGCUGCGAUGCCAGCGGCGAGUACACGACGGAGGAGUCCGACGGGGAGAGGCAGUCCGUCUCGUCGGAAGAUCUCCAGAGCAGUGUAGCGACCUAUCGGCGGUUUGAAGGCGCACUGCUCGGAUGCACGUCGCAAUCGGUGUCGCAAGAGAUCUUCGACGAUCCGGAGAAGACACCAGUCAACGAGGCUCAUCCGAUGAUGGUGGAUUCUGGCACGCCGAAGGUGGUUCUGCGACCCAAGCAGAAGGCGAAUGGACCUAGACCAUGGAGCGUUUCGAGCAUUUCGCAGAUCGGGAACGCUUCUGGUCUAAAUCAGACCAACGAUUCCAUUUCGCAGUUCUCGAUAUCCGAAACUGCGCUGCACCAGUUGGUCUCUUCGCCGCCGACCAAAUCGGUGUCCCUAGAUGCCACGGGAUCACGCAAAUCAUUCAAUAACUCAACAUCCACGCUGCUGGAGGAAUCGAUCAUUUGCCAUGAUGGCCGUGUGGUUCGAAACAGCUCGUUGCGUCGGAAGAAAAGCAAGCUGCGCAAGAAGACCCUGGGUCGCAAAAGCGAGUCGAGUUCGGAGGGCGUGAACGUGAACAAUUCCGCCGGAAGCGACGGCAGCUCGUCAAACCAGCAGAGGUCUUCUGCCCGAAAGAUGAGCGGAAGUCGAUCGAUCCGCACGAUCUCGCGAGAUUGCCACGGCCGGUUGACGAUGCUGGUGAAGUCCGGUUCGUUUUCGGGGUGCACCGCCCAUCAGGAACUCUCGGCCGAGAGGACGAUAGCCAGCGACCCGACGCCGCCGUUCAGAUUACCCUGCUGUACUUCGGUGGCUUCCACGUCCGAAACCGAGGGCGAGGAUCAGCGCAAUUGCACGCGCGGUCGCUUCCCGUACACCGAGAACCUGCUCGACACCGUUCUCAGCAACAAGGGGCUGCCCAAUCAUCAACUGAACGUCGACAGCGACGUGGAGAUGAACAGCCUAGGCAACACCUCGAUCUCCGAUCCGGCUUGGGAUAAUUAUCAGGAAAAGUAUUCGAGUGAGCCAUACAGCGAAGCCCUGGACGUUGAAACUGCUCGAAGAUUGCUGGACUUUGGAGACGAUUACCGAAACUUCCUCGAUAGUCAGUCCGAUUGUGCUUCCAGUAUGAGCGCGGUUCCCGCUAGUUCUUCUCCACUGCCUAGAAGUCGUAUGCACCAUGAAAGCAUUGAUAGCUCAGAGGAGAGCGACAACGACGUGGAUGACAUCCGUAACGUGGUGGAAAGGUCACAAUCGCAAUUAUCUCUCGCCGAAAAUCUGUUUCUAAGGUCGAACACCGGGACAAUGCCCGAUGACUGCACCGAAGUUGAGUACGCGUGCAGAGAAAAUCUGAGGUGUCUUCACGCGCUAAUGGAAUCCGUGUGCAAUUCAUUCAGAAGUGAAAAAUACGGGAAACAAAUUCGUGCUACAUUGGAGAAAUGGGAAACGCUAACAGCUAAGGUCGAAGAAUCACAAAUGGCUCGAAAAUUGCACCACGAAUUAACUGCUUUACGUGCGGAAUUCAAAGCGGCCCACGACAAACUCUUCUCGUACGAAAUUGUUUUGGAGCAGCCCCACGUAGUGGAUGAGCAGAUUAACAGAAUUACGGCCGAACUGGCUUCGUUGAGGGAUCGCAAGACCGCGAUGCUGGCGUUGAACGUCUCGACGCACAGACUGAUCACCGAUCACGAUAACAUGGCGUCGUUGACCUUCACCACCCUGAAGGAUGGCGUGGCGGAUUUGUACCGUACCUGGGACGAGACUUUCCAAAAGGGCAAUCAACAAUUGUGCGCUCUACAAGCCGUCCAACAGUUUAGUAUUCGUUUGGCAGAGCUACAAGGCGCGUUGCGAAGGGAUAAGGAUACCCUCGCAGUUUUGAACGUCGCCCUCCAGGCUGGUGCCACAUCCGAGGUAGCUUCAUCGGUUCGUCACGUCGCUAGGCUACUGUCCGAGAAACAGGACAUCAGUUGUCAGAACGAGACGGUGCUGAAAGACACGACCACGGAGGAGGUGAGCAGCGGCACGCCGUCGAAAUUCGGCGACGCAUCGCCGAUCAGUCUGACACAGGAGGGCGGCUCGCUCUCGGACAGCGGGAUCUCCGACAGCGGAAGCGAGCAAGAGUUGAGUGAACGCGAGCGACGCCUGGCAGCCCUUCGCCGGCUGACCCGCAGCUUGGAGAACCAAUUGGCACCAGGUAGCGAGGUGCUCACCGAUCUAUGGAAGAGAGUCGAGGACGCCGAAACAGAGCUUCAAGAUCUGCGGAAACAGUGCCGGGAAUUGAUCGUACGCACCGCAGCCAGCGUUGAAGCGAGGGCCUCGAAAAGAACGGCUGGCCAGAUUCAUCAUUUCACCGACAAACGCAAGAAGGCCAGCUUCACGGAGAUCCUGAAAGAGGGUUCGGAGCGGAUCAUGAAGAUCACGGCGAAGAGCGGAGCAACCGACGCCGGCGAUCCUGACAGCGAGCCGGGGCUGUCCCAGAGCUGGGUCUGGCGGAUCUUGAGGGCAGCGUUGCCCUUCCAGUUGGCCCUGGUCGCCCUGUUCUGCGCCGCUUGCUUCCUCGAGCCGCAUUGCUGCGAGGCCACGAACACCUUGAACCUGUCCCUCACCCCUCAGCUACGUUAUGUCAGAGGCCCGCCGCCGGUUUGAAGCCGAUGCGCCCUGCACAAUUGGGUAAACCUUGACGGCAUCGCGCCCGCCCGAAGAGAACUCGAGCGAAGAACCCGUUCACAGAUGAACCGUUUCGAUUGUUCCUCAGUCACCGGAAGCGAUUCGGACCGGCUGAUCAUGUCCCAUCGAUUGCGUGCCGUCCACGCGUCGAUCAACUGCAUCGAGUCAGGUGCACAAACUGUCGUUUCCUUUGGUACCAGAGCGCGUAGCUCUUUUCUUUUCCCACGUGCUCGCCGUUUGAACACUGCCAACAUUGCUCGGUACUCGCGUCGGUUCGUAGACGACCACGAAUUUUGAGACUUUCCAACGCUUAAUUCGAGGACGUUUUUGACUUUUUUCGACUUUCGAUUCUGGUGUCCGGUAACAAAUUAUGGACCGUUCGAAGAUCGUCGUGUUUCGUUAGAAAUUCACGCGAAUUUAUAGAAAUUCGCAGUCUGUAUCUUUUUUUUGCAAUCGGUCGUGACAACGAGGAUCGUUUUGCUUGCUCGAUCGACUUCUGAAUUUGGACAGGAAACUGUGGCUUCUCAAGGUUAUAUUCGCACCAGUGCGAAAUGUUUCAAAUGGAUUAAUUGUUUCAGAGGAGAUUGUUCGGAAUAUUGAAGAUGCAACUACUCUCUGCUAAGCGUCUAGCGUAUACAUAUAAAGUUCCAUGCCUUCUGAGAGACUGAUGACUUUACUGAUUCAGAAAGUAAUGAAAAUAGACGAUAAGUGAAGCGUUCUGUACGACUGCAACGUCUACGAUAAACCGAUACAAAAGUUAUAACAAUAAACCGUCCAGAGAACGUUUCAUUUCACUUACAGAGAAUUAUAGACUUGUCAAUUCGUGUGUUAGAGAUUUGUUCUAGAUAAUUAACGGAGGAUGUUAAAUACGUAAUAAUCGUUAAUCAAUCUUGAUCAGUCGUCAAUGUCUAAAAUUUAGUUGAAAUAUGUCACUAGAGUUUUCUGUGUUCUUAAAAAUGAAAAAUGUUGCAUUUAUUACUGUCAAUAGACUGCGAAUCUUUACGCCAAAUAAUAAUUGCCUGCAAGAUGCAGGAGCUUAGCAAACUUCUUCAUUUCUAUUGAGAAAUGAAUACAUAAUGCAUAAUACAUAUGAAUAAGUAUCUUUAAAUGUUUUCGCUGUUUUGAAUUCGAUUCAUUUAAUUUUUGUCAUAAAUGGGUAAAAUCCACGGUGAAUAUAAACAUCUAGCGGUCCGCAAAGUGUUAGCCGAACCAGAUUUUGAAACAACCAUAUGUCACUGCUUACAGUUUUGAGGACACCUCGAACUGUACGAACUGUUUUACAAUUUUUCUUCACACACAAAGCACAAAGAGACGCGUACCAACGUUUCUAUAAUACUUCCUUAGUUCCGUAGAAUCGAAUUCUUUGUAUCAAUUCCAAUCGAUAAUUUCACCGUUUAGAGCAUUGUUGGCUCAAUCGAUCUCUAUCCCGUCGCGUCCCACUUCGCCGACACACACUGCCGCAUUAAUUCUCAAAGGCACACUGUUCGUCAAUUACGCAAGCUCAAAAAUGCGACGGGAAAGUAUCCGAACCUUGAGACUGUUCAAUCAUUUUUCAUCGAAAUUCGCCAACGAAUCGCGUCCCACCCACUGUGCGUUCGCUCGAGACAGCGACAGGGAACCGAAAACCAAAAUCGAAACGCAGAAGAGAGAAAGAAAGAGAGAAACGAAAACGAGCGAUUGAGGCGUGACAGAUGGGUCACGGUCAACGAGCAUCACGUCAAAAGGGAGAGACAUUCACAGAGAACGCGUUUUUUAUACGUUUUUAAAGAAGACUAAACGCCGGCGAUCCGUCGAUCGUCGUGAGCGACAACGGUAAGUAUAGUUCGCGCGUGUUCGGCGUGGAACAGCUACAUACCCUUAUCCAGUGAACGAAGACGAGCCAUAGGAAAAGAUAAUUCGAUCUUCGAGCGAAGAAUAAUAUCGAAGCCUCCUAAGAUAACUUGCCAAGAUCGUUUCGCGCGAGGCAAGAAUUUCGAAAGAUAAGGUUGACGAAGUAUUUAUAAAGAGAAAACUUUAUCUUAUUCAGCGAAUUCGCAACGAACCGCACUGCGGACUAUUUAGAACGAGUCAGAAGGCUUCGAUGCCCAGACAGUGGGCACUUUUUGUUAUAUAGUAUAAAUAUUUAUUUAUAUAUAUAGGAUACACGUGGGGCUCUAGGAAAUCGAGAAGCCGAGCGAAAGAAGCUCGAAGUUGUUUCGCGAUUCGGCGAUUGGUCAGACUAACUUUCAUAACUGCUCUGUUCUUAUAAUCAUUCAAUCCGUCUUUGUUUCAAUAUACAGAUUAUUAUAAAAUUUGUUUUCUUGAUGAAGCCUUUUUCGAUUGGCCGUUGACGUCGCGUACAUAAAAGACAUCGGAUCUUUUUGCAAAUUAGAAACGUUCUUCAUAAAUUGCAACCAGCAAGAACGAAACAAAUAUCGCUCCUUGUUUAAAAUUGGUUGUUAACGAUAUGUAGAUAAUCUCAAAUUCUUAUAAUCUCCGUACAGUUUCAUAUUUCGCCAACCUAUUUUUACGACAAAUGCAUAAAAUCCGCAGUCUAAUUAUGAAAUCAUCGUUGGAUAACGUGUCGAGGUUGAUGAUAAAAGAUCGUUUAAAAGGUUGAUGAUAAAGGAUAUAAAUUCAGAUGACUAUUAAUUACAAUUUGCCUUCAGCACGUACAUAAUCGGUAAAGUAAUAAUCGUAAAAGAGAUUGAUAAUAAAAGAUAUAACAUCGAAUGACUAUCAAUCACAAUUAGCCUUUACCACGAGCACAUAUACGUAAUCGGUAAAGCAAUCGAACGAAAAGUAAUGAAAUCGGUAAAAUCAAGCAAAAUUACGAAUAAUCUUUUGAAUGGAAGAAACAGGAGAGAUUGAAGAAGAUACACUACGAUCGCAUUGAUCAGAUUCUUAUUUUCCAGUCGCCGAAUCUAGAAGUCGAGACCGAGUCUCGUUCGUCUGGCGCGCCUCUCCUUUUCCUAGCAUCGCACGUGUAUACAUGUUGAAACUUAUAUAUGUAUACAUAUAUGUAUUAUUGUUUGGAAUUUAACGUCAAGCGAGAGGUGACGUUCGGAGGUUCUCUCUGAAGAAAAAGAGAAGCGAACCGACGAGAUGUUCACCUGCGUGAACGCUCCCGCAUUCGUGAACGGGAGCCACGCGAUGUUAAACUACAGUAAUACCAUCGUUUUCUUGUUUUUCGUGAUUUUUUUUAUGUUUUGUUUCUUCGCGACGAUUGCAGUCUGCGAAAGCCGGGCAACAAAGAGAGAGAGAGAGAGUACGCUCCCGGAGUACACGGUGGAUCACCGUUUGAUCGAGUUCAAUGAGGAACGGGUCACACUACUCGAGAACGAUUUGAUUUGCUUCGUCGUUUGAUCGACUUCUUGUCGAAGAGACCUCUUAUCGAAGAGACUUCUUACGGGAAAGGCUUUUAUCGAGGAAACUUCUCGCCGGAGAAACUUCGUACAGAAUCGCGAACGAUCGUCGUGCAGAUUUGCCGUCGGCUCCCUCCGUUUCGAUUUUGACCGAGGAGAAGUCCGCACCUUGGAACCACGAGUUUCUAGGAUUUUAACGAGUUCGACGGCGUUGAUCAUCGAAAUGCUGCAUAACUAAUUCGUUGAAAAUUCCAAUGGAACAGGGUUGAACUCGAGCAAUCCACGAACAUUUCGUUACGGAUCAGUUACGGUUUCACGCGGCUCCUCAAAGCUCUUCGAAGCUCUUCAUGUUCCUCGCGAAUUUCAGAACUUCGUCCACGCGUUCUACGCUAACGCAUCCACGACCAGUGGCGCCCGAGUGUCGCAUAAUAUUUAUUCUUCAUGGUGGACGAGCUUAACGGUGACCACGAAUGGUUCGUUUCAUCCGUCACGUUUGCUAACACGAACCUGUUGAGAGUUCAAUGAGAAACGUAUCGAACGGUACACGGAACGAUCUCUUCGAGAGAUCAUGCGACACAAGCGGGUCACGCUGCUGGAAGUUUUGACGAGUUGACAGGGCAAGGAAGAACCCUCUUUGAACCGCUGGAGAAUCAAACGUGUAAAAAUGUAUAGCGAGCGUUCCUCGGAACGAAGGAGUUCGGAGCGAGGUCUAACGUUCUAGUUCGAAGAUAGACGAUAGAUCUAAGACACUUCGAGAAACAUUUUCUCUGCGCUUGAAAGCCGGAGCGAAUCAGCUAAUAAGAGUUUGGGAAUUAAUUCGCACGUUCUUCAACGGACUGCCGAAACAAACACCAAUUUUAUACGUAUUUUCGAAGUUGUUAGCUAGUGUUUGAGAAAUGUUUGCCUCUUAGAGAUGUCUGUUUUAGAGUGAAGUGGUGCAACGUCAGGUUUAUCAGAAUGUGAAUUAAUCACAUUUUGUUCGAGCGGUUGGGCUUUGGUUAGGGAGCUGCUGGUAUUUGAAAUAUUUUUAUUCUUUGAUCGCAAGAAAUUGUUUUAUUAUUUUUUAGAAGUAAACGUUUAAUUAGCCGAAUGAUUUUAAGUUGAAUGACGCGAAACAAUUUGUGUGUUUGUUAGACAGAAUUUCAAAGAUGUCAAAGAUAAUUUCGUUUUGAACUUCUUUUUUUUUAAUCGAAGAAUUUUGUAGCCUUACAAUUACAGAGAAUUUAUUUCGUUCAUUUUUUUUUAAAGGAACAUAACGUUGAAUUAUGUUUAACUUCUUCAAAUACAAUCAGUCCCUUUCGUUUUUUGUUGUAACAUACUUGUGUAAAGUAUAUUGGAGAUUUUCUUUACGAUUAUCAAUAAUGCUUGGUAAACACACUGUCAUCAGUGUUUCGAAGACUCGAAGAAAGUUGAUCUUCGAUCAGAAAGGUUGUGCACGCAUCGAAUUACGCAUUUUUUUUUUUAAAAGAAAAAACUUUCGUCACGAUCGAUUUUUGUGUUGUCCACGAAAUUCGGCAGUGAGAUCUAAUCGAUGAUUAGAUUUCAAACGCGUAGAAAAUUCGAUUUUUAUUUUUGUAUUUAUGUGAAUAUUAGUUUCCAGGUGUUUUCUUUCACUGUUUUCGAUAUGCGUGUUUAGAAAUUACAAAAAAGGUUCUCAAUUGUUUAUUCUGUUUUCUAGCGUACUUUUACAACGACAAAAUUGUCCGACUGAUGGCAGCCUAUAUUUUAGAGCAGAAAAUAUUUACGAGAUUUUCAAAUUAACGUAUCGAAUUACUUCAGGAUUCGCCGAUUUCGUAUUCGAUCGUCGAAGGCUCUAAUAGGGAACUUGAAAAAAAAAAGAACUGUAGCUAGUGUAAAUAACGAUCGCACGAUUAGGUCGAAUAGUAUUUUUUCUAAACGAGAAAGAAAACGAUUUUCGUAGAAAAAGAAAGGAAAUCAGAGAAGUCUAUUUUGUGAAAUAUUUUGUGAAAAGAGGGGCGGAAAUCUAGAUUUUAAGAAAAGUGUAUCCAUUCAAUUAUAAUUGUAGAAUUUUACACAAUUGUUUUGUGCUUCGACGUGGAACGUAAGAGAGACAUACGUUUUCCAAUAAGCAGAGCAAAAGGAGAAAAAGAUGAUCGGUAUAACUAUUACAGCAAACCGAGUGCAUUGUUUAAUGAAAAACGUAGCAGGAACGCUAUAGUCGGAUCUGAAUGAACUGUGUCGUUCAAAACUAAGACGAACUGUGGAUACCUUUUAUGACACGGUCGUGAAAACCUACUAGAAUUUGUCGCAUUUGUUAUUGUCUUUAAAGUGGAUACAUUUUGCAUCCACUGUAUACUGAACAGCGUGUUCUACCAGCGAGUUUUGGCUGAUCAAACAGAUAGAUGGAUAAUCCACUAAAACGUUUGUUGUCUUUGGAGAAUUACAAUGUGCCCUUUUGUUACUUUUUUUCAAUCUUGUAAUUCAUUUGCAAUCUUGUAAUUUGUUUACAACUUUGUAAUCCAUUUACAAUUUUGAAAUUUAUUUACAACUUUGUAAUCCAUUUACAAUUUCGUAAUGUUCGAAUAUCGCUGUACAUAAUAAAAUAAUGUAUAGAAGUGUAUGGAACGGGCACAUUAGGAAAUCUAUAUAGGAAAACAAGCUAUGAUAUCAAGAUAAUGUUACGUUACUCUUAAAUUGUGUUUGUCCAAAAGUCGGGGUAGGUUAUGGAAAGCAAUGCGAAGGACAAUUAUUCGCUGGAUAUCGUAUAAAUAGUGGUACUAUAAUAAUAUUAAUAUUAAUCGUCUCUGUUACAGCAUAGAAGAAGAAAAACGAAAAAAACAAAAUAAAUGUACAAAUGCAUGAAAAUAAAAAUUACGGUAACUAGGUAAGGGAUGAUGGUGUAAGGUUUAGGCGCAGAGUGGCUGUAUCCGAUCAGCGAAAAUUCGUCGGCUCGCACGGUUGAUUCAGAUCCGUCGAUAUCGUGUCCCACAGAGAAGGGGCGAAGGUUUCGCAAUAAGGUUUGGUUUUGAAGGGUUUAGAAUUUCGCACGAUGCUUACUGUGUAAGCGGUUCACACGUUUGACGAGUGUGUUUGUUGCGUUUAGCGUGAUAGCCUCUAUCGGGGGACGCUUUAGCAGAUUUCGCGGGGCCGGUUAAUUUCGGCCCGUAAAACGCGUCCACGCCGCGACGGUUUCGCAGUGUGUCACAGCACCGAGAAAAACCCUGCGUUCGAAGACGACGUGUUGUUCAACACAAUCGGACAUCGAAGCGUGGCGGAACGUCACCGACAGCUUGUGUAUCAAGCACGGAUCGAGAGCGAUCGACUGGAUCGUCUCGAUCGCGGAAAGGGAGAAAAGAUUUUUCCGUGACAUUGUGUUUACAGUGAACGAUGUCUUCGUAGGAGACGAAAGGGAAAAAGAGAUAAGGGAGAGAGGAAAUUGCGGCGGAUGCGUAACGAGCAUAGUUCGCUCGUGAUCUUUGCGAUCCGAAUGAUUAUGUUCGGCGAUCCGCGCGCGAACGAGAUACGAAACGUUGGGUGAAUCCACCCUUCGCACUGUACUUACGUGUUCUUCGGUCGCAAACAGCAUGCAGGCUCGAUGCGUUACACGUACACACUCCGAGAUACACACACGCAUCCAUUGAGUGCGAAACUCGAGAGCCGAUUGUAUUCCCUGCAUAAUGAUUUUCUUUUUCUUGGUGGACCGAUCGAAAGAGAUCGGGGUGGACUUCAUUGAGAUCCGUGUAGAUCGACCACUCUAACGCAGUCGCGUUCUAGAGAAAACGAGGGGAGAGUCGGGGAUGAAGCAGUUUUCCUCGUGUGGGCUGUGUAAUUUGAAUGGUACGAAUGUAGAUUGUUUCUUUUUCAUUUGAUCAGAACGAUGGAAGUGUUACCUUCAUGUAGUAAUAGAUUGAAUUUAUUUAAAUAAUAAUAUGUAUGCUGCAGUUAAAGAAGGUUUCAACCAAUUUGUCAUAGAAACGUUUCUAUAAUUUCGAUAACUGUGAGAAAAAUACCAGAAACCAAUCAAAAUAACUGUCUUAUAAUUUCAAUAAUUGUGAAAUAAAGAAAUCAGAAACCAAACUAAAUAACUCUUAAUUUUAAUAACUGGGAAAGGAUACAUAGAAACAAAUCCAAAAAACUCUUUUAUAAUUUCAAUAACUGCGAAAGAAAGAAAUCAGAAAUCAAACCAAAUAACUCUUUUAUAAUUUUAAUAACUGAAAGAAAAAAUCAGAGAACAACCCAAAUGACUCUUUCAUAAUUUCAAUAACUGUGAAAGGACACCAUCGAAACCAAUCCAAAUAAUUUUUUUAUAAUUUCAAUAAUUAUGAUAGAAAAAGAUCAGAAACCAAUUUCAAUGAUCAGAAACCGAUCUAUUUUAAUUGGUUUGAUAUUGAACCGUUAACAAUUUGUAGAACAAAAUAAAAUGCAUUAUCCUAAAAUCAAUAAUAUCGUUAUAAUACCUUUAAUAAUAUUGUAAUUAAUGAUUAACCUCCAAAAAUAUUGAAAACGAACGUUGCAUACUGGGAGAAUCAGGUUUGCAAGCGCACGAGAAGAAUUGCUUCAUUUUCGCCAGCCGAAUGCUGCAGCAUUGUCAUGCACCACGUGGGAUCUGUCGAACGGUGUGUUAAUCAAAUAGAGGGGGAGAAGUCGAGUGAAAUCAAAAUGACGAUUUACGGUAUUUGAAUAGUGACACUGUGCGGCAUAUUCUACGACAUAUCCGAGUCGUUGCUCAUCGAAUUUUACGUACCGCGGCCGAUCGACGGUCCCGUGGCAUCGUCGAAUCGGCGAAGCGACGCCGAAUCGAAUGAGACACCGGGCUCGACGAACACGAGGCCUGCCUCGCCUGCCUUAUUUACCUACGAUAAUCUGUAUAAAGUACCUGAGAAAUCAAAAUAUUACUUAUAUUAUAAUACACACGUACACGGUAACAACGAGGACGAUUCCUCGGAUCUUUCUCUACUUCUUCGUCUACUUCUCUUACGUUUUUUCUUUCUCCGUUCUAUUCUCGCCGUUCCACCCGGUACAUUAUCAUUGCAUUCACGCCCUGUAAUCGUUGAUGAUCGUGUCAUGCUUGUACAAGCUUGAUUCCGUCGCGGAAAACGUAAUCCGGUUGCGUUGCCGUUUUAGCAGCUACUUAGAUAUACGUUGCAUGCGGUUUUUCUUUUUCUUAAUUUUAAACGAAGAUUGUUGACGCAAGGCAAUGUGCGAUUGUAUAUUGCUUCGUACGUUGGGGGAAAAAUCUAAAAAACAAAAAAAUGGAGAAUACAAUUUAUGCGAUAAUCGAUAUUUCUUACAGCGGUCCGCGGUUUCCGUGCGCACCGAUAGAAAAUCAUGGAAAAUUGUACGCGUCGAUGUAAUGCAGAUCGCAACAGACUGUAAUACAUCGUACAUUUGCGAGACCGAUUUUGUAACGGCGACCGUGAAUCGCUCUCGUGACGAAACUGCGGGCCAUUUUGCGACGAAGUUAUCGAGUGUACACUGUCGAGAGUACGAUGCCUGUUUGUAUUGCGUCUACUUAAAAAAAUACGCCGCGAAAUCAACCCUUUGCGAACCGUUUCUUCCUUGAAAGUAUUACGAAUCAGUAUACGGACGUUUCUUUUUUUUGUUUGUUUGCGGAAAUCAAGUAUUUUUCUUUUUUCUAUUCUGUCCACGGACGACGCGAUUUUUGCUCUCGCGAUAGUUUUGGUUCAUUUGGGUUGGUCUUGCGAUCGUAUGAAUAAGCCUUUGUAUUUGAAUUCGGUCGAUCACAGCGAUCGAAUUCGAGUAUUCUGUACGUUUUAUGUCUUACUUUACAUUUAGGCGCCGUAAUGUGGGCAUAAACUUAUUUGCAUGAUUUUCGUUAUUUUACCUUCCACCUGACUUACUUCUGUUCUCUUCAGUUUUCAUUGUUCUGUGUAUGAUCUCCACGAUCACGUAGCCUGCCGUUCAGCAGUUGCGAUAAGUAAAACCAUUACAGCGCCGAAAAAUGACUCUACUGUGAGGAAACACGUGAAGUGAAUUAUUUUACAGAAUUUAGUUCGUUUCGUCAGUUUUUUUUAAGUAGAUUGAAAGUUGAAUUAUAGAAUUCUUCUGGAAUAUAAUUUGAUACUAUGAUUAUCGAUACAAGAGUUUUUAAAACGUCUGUGUUUCCUUACGGUUCUGUUAUGUUUUUCUUCUUAUUGUAACUUAUCGUUUAUUUUAUUUGCUCAGACUUGUUCGAUUCUGCCAUUCACUCACCUUUCGGGUGGACAAUUUCAUUCGUAUGAAAUUUCAUGUCAUUCGAUCACCGUUCAUGUUUCAUCGCAUCUAUAUUACAUACUUAGAUUUGAACAGUACCGAUAAUAUUUUUUACGAUUAUGAAAUAUUCUAGUGUAUUUUGGCACUAUCGAGAAAUAAAUUACAGUUUUGGACAACA